GGAAAGUUGGACACGGACAGUCUAGCAAAGUUUCUCUUCACUCCUCUGAAGGAGCCUCGAGAAAAAAGGGGGUCGGGAGAAUCCGCCGUGGAUUUACACUUGAAGCGCCCGAAACGAUUUCAGUUCGGGUCAAGGAUAUACUUUCUGGAUUAAUGUGGUCGUAACUUUGUGGAUUUAUCAAUAGUUGAAGUGGCCGAGGUGUAUCAGGUGGAGUGAACCAUGUGGCUUUUCUGCUCCGGUCUGGCUCUGCUGGCCCUAAGCCUCGGAUCAUGUGACACACUGACAUCAGCGGAAGGUACACAAUGCCCUUCUUUGCAAGUGGAUGACUGGAAGUUCCCUCAGACGGCCAGGCACAACAUCACAGGCUUCAAUCUGGUGCGCCGAUUCUCCUUGCUGAAGAGUUCAGAUGUCAAGAAGAUCCGAAAUCCUCGUGGACCCGUCAUCCUCCGUCUGGGCAAGACUGCACUCCUACGCCCUACUGAUCAGGUGUUCCCUCACAGCUUACCUGAGGAGUUCACUCUGGUCUUCACCUUGGUCUUGAAGAAGGCAGCCUUGAGAGACACCCUCUACCUUCUUCAGAUCUCUGACCAGCAGGGAUAUCCACAGUUCUCCCUAGACCUCAAUGGCCCAGAGGGUACCCUGUCCCUGCGAGCCAGAGGGGAAGAUGCCACAGCUGACCCGGUGGGUUGCGUUUUCAGUGGGGAGGGUGUAGAGUCCCUUCUGGACCUGCGCUGGCAUAAGCUGGCCCUCAGUAUCCAACGCAAGGCCGCCUCGCUCCAUGUGGACUGCAGCUCCAUAGAAACUAAGCCCCUAGACCCCCGUGGAGAGCUACCCACUGACGGACACACCCUGCUGGCCAUCCGGGCUGCUGAUGCUGGGCCUGUGCAGAUGGAUAUCCAGCAGGCGAUGCUGUACUGUGACCCAUCGUUGGCCAUUCAGGAGGCGUGCUGUGAGAUACCAGGAGCUCGGUGUCCACCAGAUGCUCCCAAGAGUCGUCGCGCUGCCGAGAAUGACCUGGCAGACAACACAUUUAAUCAGGAGAUUUUUGCAUCCAAGGAUCUGGCAGAGAAAUGUGCUGGUUGUGUUCUUCUCAGUGGGGAACAAAAUUUAGUGAAUCCUGGUGGAUACCUCGGACAGCUCGGACUGAAAGGGGAGAAGGGCGACCGAGGCGCUGACUGUUCUGGCUCUCAUUCAGGUCCAUGCUCAGAGGGAUCCAAGGGCCAGAAGGGAGAGAAAGGCGAGUCGGCCCUACCUGCCAACUGGGGAGAAGCAGUGGGGCACAAGGGAGAAAAAGGACAGAAGGGCGAGCUUGGUACACAAGGUCUUACUGGAACUCCGGGGAAGGAUGGCAGAGCAGGGUCCAUCUGUGUGGUCGGCCCCAAGGGGCAAAAGGGUUCCUCCGGUGGGGUGGGUCCAGAAGGGUUGGCAGGAGAACCAGGGAAGCCAGGACCACCAGGAUUGCCAGGAGUCGGCCAACCAGGCCCACCAGGCCCUCCUGGUGGACCAUCUGGUGCAAAGGGAGACAAAGGGGACUCUGGGUUUCCAGGGGAAGAUGGAUUGCAAGGAGAUCCAGGACCGAGAGGACCAGGAGGGCCUAAAGGAGAGAAGGGGGAUCCGUGUGAAGUGUGUCCUGUGCUGCCUGCAGAUUUAGGGAACACGGUGGCUUUGCAAGGGAAGCCUGGUCCCAAAGGAGAUCCCGGCCUACCUGGUAUAGGAGAGAGAGGACUGCCUGGGGUUCAAGGUGCAGAUGGCACGGCGGGACAGAGGGGAGAACCAGGAUCAGAGGGCACCAAAGGAGAGAAGGGAGAGCCCUGUGCUGUGUGCCCCAGCCUUGGAGAGCUCCCACCUAACCUGGUCCCCAUGGCCCAGACCCUGCAGCAGAAGGGGGAGAAAGGAGAACCUGGCAUGGGACAGAAAGGGGAGCAGGGGGAGCCAGGACACGUAGGACUAGCCGGCUUCAAAGGAGAGAAGGGUAACGCAGGGAGCAAAGGGCCUAAUGGAAAAACCGGCAAAGCCGGGCCAAGAGGACCCAGUGGCAAGGAUGGACAGAAGGGAGCAAAGGGAGAACUAGGCCUGCCUGGUCUUGGCCUUCCUGGCCUCAAGGGUGAGAGGGGCGAGUGCGGUGUUUGCCAGCCGUCUGAGGUUGGCAGUGUACCCGCUAGUAUCAAAAUGCCUGAGGGAACAGCUGGCAACCCAGGCACACCGGGUCCUCCAGGACCUGCAGGACCUCCUGGGCCUCCGGGUCUUGGUGCUGACGGCAAACAGGGUCUACCAGGUCUUCCUGGUGCAAAAGGGGGAAAAGGAGACCAGGGAGAGCCAGGAGAAAAAGGAUUGGACGGAACCUCUGGAGCCCCAGGAUUGCCUGGAGAGGCGGGACAGGAUGGACUAAUGGGUUUGAAGGGAGAAAAGGGUGAUGCUUGUACCAGCUGUCCAUCUGUGAGCACAGCAGUGGGUGAUGGUGUAGUUGUGCCAGGGCCCAAAGGAGAGAGGGGUGACCCUGGUCCUCCAGGAGAGGGGAAGGCUGGCAAGCAUGGGAAACCAGGCUUACCCGGUGUGCAGGGACCUCCAGGUCCCAAAGGGAGUCGGGGAGAACCUGGAGAAGCAGGAGUUGGCCUACUAGGACCACAGGGUGAAGAGGGACCAAGAGGGCUCCCAGGAGUAGUAGGACCUCCAGGUGACGGGGGGUUACCGGGACCUACUGGACCUGCAGGGGUGAAGGGCCCCAGAGGAGAUGUUGGGCCUCCAGGGCCACAGGGGCUGAUGGGCAUUGGUGUGGCAGGGCCCCAGGGUGCAGACGGUGCCCCAGGCUCCAUAGGCUUGCCAGGAGCUGACGGUAGACCUGGACAUGAUGGAGCCAAGGGAGACAAGGGCGAACCUGGAGAAUGCAACUGUAUUACGCCAUCGUACAUAGGCACGGGGGGACCGGGAGCUCCAGGAACUGUUGGAGGAAACACGUGGCAGGCCGGGCCUCAGGGACCCCCAGGACCCCCCGGCCCCCCUGGUCCCCCAGGGCCUCAGGGCGGUACUGGAGUCCAAGGACCGCAGAAUCCUGUUGAGCAGCACCAGCUUCUGCCCCAAGACUCUGCCAGAGGAGACGAAGAUGAGGAGUGUGAAGGGGGCUGCUCCCAGGGUUUGCCUGGGGUUCCAGGCAUGGCUGGUGCCAAGGGAGAAAAGGGAGACCAGGGUAAACCUGGCGUAGACCCCUCAGACAACUGCAACGGGUGCUUGGAGAAACUGCAGAGGGAACAACAAGCAACAGAAGUGCCGAAUAAUGACCGACAGUGCACUGGGGUACCAGGACACCCAGGUUUGCCAGGAUCCCCAGGGAUAAAGGGAGAGUCGGGUUCUCCUGGCCAGAGAGGUCAAGCAGGACAGCCAGGACUCAUGGGUCCUCCCGGUUUCCCUGGUCCUCAGGGACCAUCUGGUUUACCUGGUCAGCAGGGUGAGCGAGGUUUGCCUGGACUCGCAGGGCUGAAGGGUGAACAGGGGCCUCCUGGCAUCUCCGGGUACCCAGGAUCCAUGGGACCGCCUGGACUGCCCGGACUGAAGGGUGAGCGUGGGAGCCCAGGAAACAUUGGUCAGAAGGGAGAAUCGGGUCCCCCUGGGAACCCAGGAUACCAAGGGCAGGCAGGCAUGCCGGGAAUUAAAGGAGACACAGGCCCAGCAGGACCUCAUGGCCUCAAAGGUGAUAAGGGUUUCCAAGGACAACCAGGUUUUCCAGGAUCACCAGGUCAACCAGGUCCCCCUGGUAAAACCGGAAGAGAAGGGCCCCCUGGGCCCAAAGCUGAAAAGGGCAACGACGGGGUCCAAGGUCCUUCAGGGCCAUCCGGACCACCAGGGUCCCCUGGGUCUCCAGGACUGAUGGGGCCUCCUGGCAUUGAAGGAAUUGACGGAAAGGAUGGGAAACCCGGCAUGAGGGGAGAGGCUGGCCCUCCAGGGCCUGCAGGACCGAGAGGAAUCCCAGGUUUCAAAGGGAAGACUGGCCAUGCUGGCUUCCCGGGACAGAAGGGUGAUAUUGGGCCUGUGGGUCCACCUGGACCAGCGGGCAGACCGGGAUCAGAGGGCGACCCUGGCACCCCAGGAACCCAGGGAAGACCUGGACCCCCUGGACACAUUGGUCCCACAGGACCAGCCGGACCCCCAGGACCUGCUGGCCCCUCAGGAGUGGGUAUAAAAGGAGAUACAGGUCAAGCUGGAGAAAGGGGUCUUCCGGGGAUGGUGGGCCCGCCGGGACCACCUGGACACCCAGGGCCAAUGGGAGAUCCGGGUAGCGACGGAGCCGCUGGUAAAGAUGGAGCAGCAGGUAUACCAGGAGAAAAUGGGCAGGCAGGUCAAAAGGGUGAGCCAGGAGCACCAGGCCAGCGGGGGUCUCAAGGGGAGAGAGGCAGACCAGGACUCCCAGGAGGUGGAGGCUACCAUGGCAAGGAUGCUCAGCCCAUGAUUGGCCCAGCUGGACCCAGAGGGGAGAGGGGAAACUCUGGCUCACCUGGCCCUGCUGGGACCCCUGGACCUCCAGGGUUACCUGGACAUGAUGCUGUGGUCAAUUAUGAUGAAGUGAAGAACUUCAUCCGACAGCAGGUCAUCAAGAUCUUUGAUGAGAGAAUGGCCUACUAUAUGUCCCGCAUGCAGAUGCCAGUAGAGAUGGUGGCAUCCCCCGGUCGGCCCGGGCCCCCGGGGAAGGAUGGAGUCCCAGGUAGACAGGGUGCGACAGGUGCACCUGGUGUCCCGGGACAGAUAGGCCGUGAGGGUCGACCAGGAGCCCAAGGACCCCCAGGAGUACGAGGACCCUCUGGAGAGAAAGGAGAAAAAGGUGUUGGAGAAAUGGGAGAUGUGGGACCUCCGGGAGCUCCAGGCAUCCCAGGCCCUCCAGGCUAUGGUAAAAUGGGACCCCCAGGAUCUGUCGGCCAGCAGGGUGUGCCUGGGAUCCCAGGCCCUCCUGGACCACCUGGCUCAAAGGGACAUGAUGGCCGGUGUAAUCCUGGUGACUGUAUGAGUCAUCAAGUGGAGUAUAGCCCCAAGGGCCCACCUAUCAAGGGCCCCUGGUAGUAGGAUAGAGGGAUGGAGGGGAAGAGGGGAAUGAAUCAGAGACUCAAGGAGAAGAUAAAAAGUUAAAGCCAAAGGCCAAAACCAGUUCCUUAAGUCAGUCCACAAGAUCAGAUACUGGAGCACCACUCAAAACUGGAUAGGUCAGAUCUAUUCUCACAGCUACCUACUGCCGUUCCUCAGCAGAAUCUCUGCAUCCAUAGCCAAGACCUUACUGAGACUGAUGUCGACACAGUGACACCUGUAACAUGCUGGUACCACAUCGGCUCAUUUCCUAAAAACCCACCAAAUCACUGCCAUAUCCGGUGCCCUAAUUUUGGUUCUGACACCGAUAUUCCUAAGCCUGAAUUUGUAAUUGUUUUUAACGACCCUGGCUGAAUUGCAAGAAACACAAACUAUUUCUUCUUUGUGACAAAUUUUGUCCUCUUUUGCGUUUUUAUUUUCUCUUUCUAAAGCCAAGAAAGACAAUGCACGCAUUUAUUGCAGCACUUUGCUUCCACCACUCUUAAUAUUUCAUUCUUUCUACACAGUCUCAUUCUGGGUCCAACUGUUGCAAUUGCAAUGUUCUGUUUCUCAGCUUGAGGUGUAAUACAUAUUUAGUUUGAUUUGUUUUUGGUUUUUUUUAUAUCCCUUGGAAUAUUUUUUUUUCUUUUUUGAAAGUGCGACAUCAAAAACCUGUAUUCAUACCCUCUUUCUUAGAACUCCUGUUUUGUACAUAUUCAUAUUUAUAUAUAGUGGCUUUUUUAUACAUUUUUAAUGAUUUUAAAAAGGCUAAAAAAUUGAAUUGCCUCUUGCGUUGCAGUCGGUGGUUAUAUACCAACAAAGUUGUCAAAGGGAGAUUUAUCUAAGGUCUAUAAGCUUUCAAAGUGGAAUAAUUUGUUCAGAAAAAGACAAAUUAUUUAUGAGAGAAAAUUGCUUUUGUGUGUGAAAGCAUAUUGGGUUUUGUAAUUAUGUUGCUGAAACUCAUUAUCGUGUGUCAUUUCUACUCCAGUCUUCAUUGUAAAUGCAGCCAUUUUAAAACAUCUCAUCUCCAACUGUAUUGUAAAGUAGCUGUCUUCGCCAUCUGCCUGCAUCACCAGUACUUGUUUAGCAAAAUUUAGACUUGAAUUGAGCCCAUUCUGCACUUGUACUGUAUUGCAAUAUGCUGUCAUCAUUAAACUUUUCCGAUCCCAUCAAGUAAUACCAUCAAAGCCCUUUAAAGCCAUAAAAAACAUUGUUUACACACAUUUUCCUUUUAUUUAAUCUUUUUUUUUCCUGUCUGGAGCCAUAUGGAGUUUUAAAGCUUAAUCUGUUACCAUCUCUGGGCUUAACUAAUGCUAGCUGUAAAGGACCACUUGUUUACACCCAUGAGCUGUGCUCAGAUCCAGUUUCUCAUAUGUGAAAAGUUAUCCUGUGCAGAUACUUGCCCAGUCAUGCAACCCUCUGACCGAACUUGUACUCACCAAAGAGGCCGUGGUCCUGUAGCUGUUCUCCUCAUUCUUAGUUGCUGUUAAACAUUGAAAUAGCAACACUGCUGCCCAUCCACGAUGUGACCUGUGUAUGUAUUGCUGUGCAGCUGACAGUCAGUUACCAUCAUGCAACCAUGUAUGUUGUUCUAUGAAACAUUUCAGGAAGAAAAAAAAAGAAAGAAUUAUGCAA